UUAGACAGCAGGAAGCGGGCCUGGAAUUAAAUAAUUCAUAAUUAAACAUUAUUCCUACCGGAAAUCUAAUCAAUGAUAUCAUGCUAAUUUCAAAGAAGAGACAAACAAAGCGAUGUAAGUGCUUUGUGACCUUUUUUUAACCCACUUUAUUUAUAUAAGAUCAGUUGUAUUGACUUGGGAAUAGCAAUCUAACCUUAUCAAAACCCUAUCCCCUAGCCGCAAAGAGAACGCAAUCCCAUCACAAACAUCGAUCUUUGUAUUUACAACAAUAUUGGUAAGAUAAACGGUUUCAUCAAACGAUCAAAGAAAAAAGUAUCUACAGCACGUUUUCUGCGUCAUAAAAAAAACCAUAACUAAAAGAAUCCAGUGCGGUGUGGAAACAAUGCGGUGGCCAGAGUCGACCGAUAACGCGGCACAAUGCUGUGUAGAGCUGUGUUGACGGCGCUCGCCAUCUCAUGUACGUUCCCACGCGAACUAACGCACGCUCUCAGUCAGGGCACACCACGUAAAGUCCACAGAAAAGGUUUCAAUAACAAAUGUUUAUUGUAAAUACAAAAAAAAUAAUUGAACUGGCUGACAGUAGCACGCGGAGAAGGUUACUUUCUGUGACACGUUUAAAAAGCCGAAAGUGUAGUGAGCUCUUAUCGUAAAUCGGGAUCGUAAUCGUUGUUUUCAGAUUUAAUAUGCGUACUGUGGUUGAGUGGACUGCAAAAAGAAGACUUGGACGUAAACAUGCUGAGGAAACUGCAGCGACAUAAUGUAAACAUCAAUGAUAAGAACCGCGAGUGAGUUUUACAUCAUAGAUAUAGUACAGCUUUUGAUGUGUGCGAAUUGUGAAUGUAAGAUUUGUUGCAGCAGUUUGAGAGAAGACUGCUUAAAGCCAGAUACGGAAAAAGACAAAAAAAACGAAGAGAAAAGUAUGAAAGUUGACGAGGACGAAACUAGAGCAAUUACAUCAGCACCGGAAAGUGAAACUGAAAUCGUCACUAAGUCUGUUGAAUUUCAUCCAAAAAUCGACAAACAAACAAUGUUAGACAUACAGGAACAAAGGCAAAAGAACCAAGAAAAUUAUUCUACAAUCAUACAAAGAAAUCCCGAAAUAAUUGCAUCUUUUUUGGAAAAUAACAGUGAAAUCUUAAUGAGUACAACCGAAAAACCUAGUUCUUUGAAUGCAAUUAAUAAGACAAAACUACAGGAUGUUAUUAAUUUCUGGAAAAUGUUCACAACCUCCAAAUAUAAAGAUCACACUAAUUUUGUAACAAAGAGAACAAGAACAACAGAAAAAUCACAAAAUGUAUCGUCUGAAAACCCCAUCGUAGUUCAUUUUGAGCGGAGUUCUAAAGAAGUGAAUAUUAUAAAUAAAUUGUUAGCGGACUACUUCGACAAAACCAUACAACCUUCUACGACAGAGAAAACAAUUAUAUCCAAUGUGGAUUUGAGCAAUUUAUACAGGCUCACCCAACAAUUUGAGAAUUUUAUGAAGAUAAUAUCGCAGAGCAAUAAAAUGUUUGCAAAUACUAAUAACAAUAAAUUAUCCUUAACUAAUAACACUAGCAAAGAUGAUAACUUCCGCAACAAUAAUAAUAUUCCACAACAAACAUUAAUAAUGAGGGCAAGUAAAAAAAAGUAUAUAGAAACCAAUUCAAAGAAACACUCUAUAAGUGAUAUCAGCAAUCUACUACUUUUUAAUGAUCAACUAAAAAGAUCCUUUGCUAUAACUAAUGAAACCUAUUCACCAUCUUAUCAAAUGCAAGAAAUGGAACGGUCAAAAAACAAUCAAGAAUUUUAUAACACUAAAACUACUAAAUACGUAAAUACAGACUUUAAUCAACAAGAAAUCAAUGUAUUCUCUAAAGAUAUGAUGAAAAAAAUUGCUGAAAACGUAAAGGCAAUAGUGUUGAAAGAUUUAAGACAGGAAAUAAUUUCAACGACUUCUACUUACGCAUCUACGUUGGCUACAACCGAGACUUCUGUGACAACUAAGAAUACUUCCUCUAAAUCAGAAAUUUUGCCAGUAACUGUGAGAUAUGCAAAUAAGACCGCAGAGACAAAUCAAGUUCUGAAGAAUAUUAUGGAACUCGUGAAAGAAUUGAAAGACUUAAAAGAUAAAACUGUUUCGAUAACUAGCACAACUACAGAAUCGAUUGAAAAAUUUGAUACGGAAAAUGUGUACGUCAGUAAUCGUUUGCUAAACCAACACAGCCUACCCAUACAAAUGAUGAAUCCAUAUGUAAGAAAAAAACCACAAAAAAUAAAAAGUUUCUAUAAAACAUAUGAACCAAGAAGUAUUACAGGAAGUCAAGCCCCUUUAAACAACAUUAAUCAAGCAAGAAUGCGCAUCGAUAAUGUUCCCAAUUUUAUACCAAAUAAAAAAAUUAGCGAAUCAACUAUAAUUCAAACAAAUUCAGGCGAAAUACCGCCUUUAGGUGUUCCUGUGUCAAAGCCCUUGCAACUUAUACAUCAGAAUAUAGUAGUGACUACUGCGCCUCUGGCAAAGACACUGCACUCGAGUGAACUAUGGGCGAGUCAUCACACAAAAACCAAUGACAGGGAUAAAACUAUAAAUCGUUUAGAACACUAUCGAUAUUCAAAUUAUUCGCAAUACAACCCUAUUUCAAUAAAUCGACAAAUAGGUAAUUUAUUGCAUAAACCAAUAUACCGAUAUCCAAAUCGACCACAAGAUAGUUCUCACGAGGGUUAUCGAGGAUUUAAUCGCUCCAAAAAUUGGCAAACAGGUAAUUUAUUGCAAAAUCUCAAAACCAUAUACCAUUAUCCACAUCCACCACAAGACAGUUCUUACGAGGGCUAUCGAGGAAAUAAUCGCUCCAAAUACAAUCGGGACAGCAGUUAUUCGCAUCACAACACCGACUUGUCUUAUCGCACAGAGUUCGACAACAAUCCAACUUCCCGAGAUUUAUAUCGCUUACGAUUCGAUUCCAAUCAUAAAAAAACUAAUUCCUAUCCUAGUAAACAUGAUUUAAUGCUAUCCCAUUAUACUGUUGCACCCGUGUUCAGUCAAACCACAAAUAAUGAACGUUACGAGUUGAAAGAUGAAGAACCGCGACACAAAGAAUUUAUUGAUAAAUCAAGAUCGAUUAGUACGGCGAGAGAUGAUCAUCGUUUGAAUAUGGAGUCCAAAAUGAGACAAAACUAUUUUAAUAAUGACAACCGUGACCUAAAAAAGCAUUAUGAAGACACCGUUGAUAGCCGUAAUCACCACGCAGACAUAAAAGGCUUCCACGAACGGUUGGAAAGAGUUGAUAACUGGCGAGACGAGGCCAAAGAUGACAAAAAAGAGAGGGAAUGUUGUGAGACAUUAAAUUUAGCUUCGAGGCAACAGCAAGCACUUAAUGCCAUGAAAACGAGAUAUGAUGACACGCAUUUCAAGAACUUUUUGAAGACACAGCAAAAAGUCAACGAUAUGCUAGAAAAGAUGCUGUCGUCUAAAAACUCCGGGCCUCGCAGCGUAGAAAUUAUUUGAAAACGUUCGACAUUAAAUAAUAAAUACAUUUAAAACCAAAUGUAUCUUACUUAAAAGCGGAGCCCAAAAUUGUUAAGUACUAGCUUGCGUUUGCAAGUUUAUCUGCAUAGGAGCCCACAGGAAGCUAACAUUUGUUAGGGCUCAAAAGUAAGUUAACUCUCAAUCUAGGUAAUAAACUAUAUUUGUGCCAAAUUUCAUCGAAAUGCGUUCGUCGUCGUUUCUGUGUAAUUAAGUAACAUCCAUACAAACUUUCAAAUUUCUAUAAUUGGAGGAUAUAAUUAUAUAGCAAGAUAGACAUAAUGAUUGACACAUUCUGUAGUUAAUAUAUUUUUAAUUUUAUUGCAGCAAUAUAUAAAAAUCACAUUAUGAUUCAAUAUGGCAUAAUAGUGUUUUGUUAGUUAAAUCGAGAGUAUUUAUCGAUGAUUUUUUACUUAUAAUUUAACCAUUAAUACUGACCUGUGAUCCUCCAUGUUCUGUGU